AUGAAUAGAUCGUCAAACAGCGGUGCCCAAAACAACGCACCUUCCAGAGUGGUGUAUCUUGGUUCCAUUCCUUACGACCAGACCGAAGAGCAGAUACUGGACUUGUGCAGCAAUGUUGGACCAGUGACGAACCUGAAGAUGAUGUUUGAUCCGCAGACGGGCAAAUCGAAAGGGUACGCAUUUGUGGAGUUCCGAGAUUUGGAGUCCAGUGCCAGCGCCGUGCGAAACCUGAACGGAUACCAGUUUGGCUCGAGGCUGCUCAAGUGUGGCUACGCCUCUAGCUCCGAUAUAACGGUGUCGGACUCUUCACAGCAGCAGACGGGACACGGCCGCCAGUCGUCCGACGAGCCUGUACAGCUGAAGUUCCCCGAACUACCCGCGGGAAUCGACGUCAAUAUCAACAUGACCACGCCUGCCAUGAUGAUCUCAAGCGAACUGGCCAAGAAGACGCCGGCGGAGCAGCUACAAUUACUGAGAGUCUUCCAGGACUGGUCGCGCCACAACCCAGAGGAUGCGGUCGAACUGCUGCUGACGAACGGUAUAAGCAAGGUCGACGCCCUGACACAGCUGGCAGCGCAGAAGAGCGAUGCUGAUGCCGGAAAUGCCAGCGGCCAUGGUCCGCGAGACGGCCCCGCGGCCGAUCCCGAGACACAGAGUAAGCAGAGAGAGCUGCUGAGCAGGGUCUUGCAGCUGAGCGACAGCGAGAUAGCUGUGCUGCCUGAGGACGAGAAGAUGUCUCUGUGGGACCUGAAGCAGCGUGCCAUGAGAGGCGAGUUUGGCAUUAUAUAA